UGUUGCCUAGCACGCUGCACAAGGCCCCCGUCAUUCCCUUGCCCCAGAUGCCUCACCCGGAUCAUCAACUCGUAAUGGUGCCAGAUGAUAGGCACUGCUCUAACCUUGCUGAUUCGAAGCCACUUCCUGCGUCAAUGGGAAGUUGAUAUGGUGUACUCAUUUUAAUGAGGCAUGCUGAUGUGCCAACUGAGUUGCUGGACCAUCCCAUAAACUCUCCUCUGGUUUUCCGUUUACAAAGCUCCUUCCAAGCCUCGGAUGAUUGGCACAAUUGGUGGAGCUAAUCUCGGUGAUCGAAAUCUGUUGCAAUUUGUGGAAAAUUAGCUCUAACAUCAUAAUCACCCUGGCUUUAAUACAUCCCAGCAACUAUUCCAAAUCCAUUCACUUGGUGCUUAAAUGCGACACACAGCUAACCAUGCGUCACCUGUAUCAAAUUCAGGCCCAGCUUCUCGGCUUCCCUGUAUUUGCCGAUGCAAAAUCUAUUGACCCUAACAUUGUCGCCGUUAAGCUCAUAGGGGUAUGCGGCGCCCGCGCCAAUGCUCACCACGGUGCUUUAAUCUUCACGCACCACCUUACAAACCCAAAUAUCUUCGCUUACAAUGCCCUUCUCAAAGCAUUUGCUCAGAACAAUCUCUGGCACGAUACCGUAUAUCACUUUAACAAGCAAUUGUUUACGCCUGGUGCUCCAAACCCAGAUGAAUACACGUUUACUUCCGUUCUCAAGGCUUGCGCUGGACUCGCCUGGGCUGUAGAAGGUGAAAAAGUUCAUUGCAUGGUCACUAAAUAUGGAUGCGAAUCAAACCUUUUUGUCCGUAACUCGCUUGUGGAUUUGUAUUUUAAAGUGGGUCGGCUUGGGAUUGCUCAGGUGCUUUUUGAUAAGAUGAUUUAUAGAGAUAUUGUAUCUUGGAACACUUUACUUUCUGGUUAUUGCUUAAGUGGAAACAUCAAUCAGGCAAGGUGGAUUUUCGAUGGGAUGGGUGAGAAAACCAUGGUUUCUUGGUCGACGAUGAUUAGUGGCUAUGCAAAGAUGGGCAAGUUAUACGAAGCACGCCAGCUUUUUGAUAAAAUGCCAGAGAGAAAUGUAGUUUCAUGGAACGCAAUGAUUUCUGGUUAUGCCCAAAACGAGAAAUAUUCUGAUGCUAUAGAAUUAUUUCACCAAAUGCAACAACAAAGUAAUCUGGUGCCCAAUGAUGUUACACUCGUUAGUGUAUUGUCUGCUUGUGCACAGCUCGGAGCACUUGAUUUAGGGAAGUGGAUUGAUAGAUUCAUAAAACGAAAUAAGAUAAAGCUGAGUCUGUUUUUAGGGAACUCACUGGCUGAUAUGUAUGCAAAGUGUGGAUGCAUAGGAGAUGCUAGGCAUGUUUUCGAUUCAAUGCAGGAAAAAGACGUGACCUCGUGGACUAUUAUAAUCACUGGCUUGGCAAUGCAUGGGCAUGCAAAUGAAGCCUUCAUUUGCUUUAGAGAAAUGAUCGAAAAUGGAUUGAGGCCAAGUGAUAUAACUUUCAUGGGGCUACUAACAGCAUGUACUCAUGCGGGACUGGUUGAUGAGGGGCUGGACUACUUUCAUAUGAUGGACCAAGUGUAUGGAAUUGCGCCUAAGAUUGAACACUAUGGGUGUGUGGUUGAUCUUCUUAGCCGCACUGGUCGUCUGGAGAAAGCUGAGAGUUUGGUUAUCUCAAUGCCUAUCGAGCCUAAUGUCUUAGUUUGGGGUGCACUGCUUGGCGGGUGCAGGAAAUAUAGAGAUGCAGAGAGAGGUGUACGCGUAGCUCAACGCAUUCUUGAAUUGGCUCCUGACCACUCUGGAAGCUAUGUCUAUCUUGCUAAUAUAUAUGCUUCAAAGGGAAGGCUAGACGAUGCAGCUAAGUGUAGGUUGAGAAUGCGAGACAAAGGAGUGAUAAAAACACCUGGGUGUAGUUGGAUCGAGGUGGAUAAUACUGUUCACGAGUUCUUCAUGGGAGACUUGAUCUCACAUCCUCAGUCAGAGAAGAUUGAUUUAAUGAUUAGAGAAUUAAGAUGGAAAUUGAAGCAAGGUGGAUACAAACCUAGGACAGAUCUUGUGGUACAUAAUGUGGAUGAAGAAGAAAAAGAGGAUGCGUUAUCCAUUCACAGUGAGAGGUUGGCCAUAGCAUUUGGGCUGAUUAGUACUAGCCCAGGAACGACAAUUAGAAUAGUAAAGAACCUGCGAGUUUGUGACGAUUGCCAUGAUGCUAUAAAGAUGAUAUCUCAACUUGUUCGGAGAGAAAUUAUUGUGCGUGACCGUAGUCGGUUCCAUCAUUUCAGAAAAGGCACAUGCUCUUGUGAUGAUUUUUGGUAGUGAAAUAGAAAAAGAGAAAAGAUCUCUUGUUCAUUUGCUUGAGUACAUAUUCAAAUGACUAGGUCCCUUGGCAAACAGGAAUGGGAUGAGAUGGAUACGUUAUGUGGUCUCUGAACUACAGUCAGAACCAGUCUAUCUUCUUCCUAGCAGUUGGAUAAUUUUGGUAGCCUAUAGUAAUGCGGAGGUGUUGUUUAGCACAGGGUUCCCCAAAGCUUGACAGCGAGGACAAAAGAUUUGGCAUGAAAAGAAUUUUGGUUUGGCUUUGUGGAUAGGUCUUCAAAAUGGCUGGGGCACUUAAAAGGUUUAGCAUGAAAAGAGCUUUGGUUGUCCGCUCUGAAGGCUUGGAUGAAAUGAGUCCUUUUGGUUAAACCUCUUGAUUUCAUUGCUACUCUGGAGAUUGUUUAUUUGGUCGACGUAGGUAUUUGAAUCAGAUAUUCCGGAUUUUGGUAUUCUUGUAUGUUUCCCACGAAUCAUGGUGUGAUACUUGAUGUCACUCCAGAAAAGAUUGAGAAGUUCCUAUUUGAUCCAUCAAUUAGUGGAGUUCCGUACACCUUGGUGCAACCCUGAUAGCUUGAAAGGUGGUGGUCCAGAAUAGAAUGCAGAGGUUUUGAAGCGGGUCCUUGCUGAAGGGAGAGGCCCAUAGCUGGUGCCUUUGUGCUGUGAGUAGCUUUUUCUUUCCUAAUCUUUAAGCAGCUUAGAAGAUGCCACCACUAACUGAUGAGAAAAGGUUAACCUCAAUUUGUGUUUGUGUGCAUGCAUGUAUAUGUACGCAUGUAUGAUCCACGAGCUUCAAGCUCCCUUAUUAGAUGCUUAUCUUUGAGACCGAAUUUGUUACGCCUGGUUUUAGUUUGCUCUUUUCUCCUCUUACGUUCAAAAUUCUUGCACAUUUUUUAAGGUUGGCCUCCUUUUUCUUGUCAUGGCUCUGAAACAUCAGGAAGUGAAACUUGGCUUAUCCUGGUGGAUUCUUCUUUUUUAAAACGUUGCCCUUAAACUUCCACCAUAGAAGUUAUGGAGGUUAACCAGAGAAAC